UGCAGGCCGGGGCUUCAUGUUUCUGGAGCGUGGCCGGUGUUAUACAGCCAUAUGGAAGACUUUGGCGUAAUUGUGCACUGGGUCGGAGUGGAUGUGAUACAUAUACAUAUUAUGCGAGGGUAGGACGGGAUAUCGAGCGAAAGUACCAACGUCGAAUCAACGGCGUGCUUUCCCAGGCUCUGCCCGCUCGUUAUCGACAUCUCCGGCUAGAUGGCUGGUUUAUAAGAAAGUACAAGGAGUACCUUGGCUAUCUUAGUUAUGCUUUCUGCAGGGCCUGUUUUUCGCGGGGGCUGUGACGGGUUAUACGUGGGAGUGCGCCUCUAUAUAAGUUGAAGACAAGCCCCCUUUUGGCGAGAGCGAGAUAUCCAACACACAGCAACACCACCUAUUCCCAGUUAGCCAUCUCUGUUACUAGAGAAAGGGAGAGUGGUAGGCCAUCGUCAUGAUUUAUCUGCUCGCCAUUCCCGUCCUCGCAGUCUGCGUGUAUCGAUACGUCAUCUACCCCAUAUACUUCUCGCCGCUGGCCCGGGUCCCCAAAGCGCACUUCACUUCUCCGUUUCUUCCCACAUGGCUAUGGUGGAUACGCAACUACCGCUGCCGUGAAGUAUCGACCAUCUAUGCCUUGCACAAGAAGCUGGGACCGGUCGUCCAGCUGGCCCCGAACGAAGUCAGCGUCAACUCGGCCAACGGGCUCAAGACCAUAUAUCUCGGCGGGUUCCCCAAGGACAACUAUUAUGAAGACCUGUUCAUGAACUAUGAGCGAUACCCCAACUUGGCCAGCAUGCUAUCCUUCAAGGCUCACUCAGAGCAGAAGAGGAUGGUGUCACGAGUCUAUUCAAAGUCUUUCAUCCUAGCCUCGGAGGAUCUGAGAGUCGCCUCUGAAAAGCUGAUCUGGGAGAGAUAUCUGCCCAUGUUUGAAAGAAUUGCACUGCCAUCGUCGUACCCGUCUGAUCGUGAGGAGGAAAGACUGAAACUAGACCCGGAAAAGACGCUGAACGUCUUCCCUCCUUUCCAGGCUGUGGGUAUGGAUUUUAUGACAGCAUAUCUCUUCGGAAUUGAUGCUAGUACAGACUUUCUCCGUGACACCGAGUAUCGAGACCACUGGCUGAAGCUAUAUUCCGUGUUCAAGACACAGCUCCCAAAGCAACGAGCGUUUGGAGAGGUUGAGAACCUCUGCCUUAAGAUGUGUGAUCAAGUUGCGAGCCAAUUGUCGUGCAAGGAGAAGGGGGCGGCCGAGCUCAAGACCGGUUCAACCAAGCCAGUGGUAUACGGUCAACUCUUCAACGGCAUAUUUUCUCAGAUCAACCCAGGCAGUGAUGCUGAAAAGGCUGAUGCCAGGUUCCGAGUUGCCUCCGAAAUGAUGGACCAUAUAGUUGCCGGCCACGAAACAACCGGGAUAACACUAACUUAUAUCGUCUAUGAAUUGUCGCAGAACCCUGAGCUACAAGCAAAGCUACGAGAAGAACUGCUCACCUUGUCCCCUCCUAUAUUCUAUAAACAAGACAGCACCUUGGAAUCUUCCAACGCCGAAAAGGAAAAGGGCAGCAGACUCCCUUCAUUCCAUGCGCUGGAUGAACUCCCCUUGCUCAAUGGCAUCGUGCAUGAAACUCUUCGAGUAUAUCCUGCUGCACCGCUCCCAUUACCUCGGGUUGUUCCCGCUGGUAAACCAGUAGAACUGGAAGGCUACCAGAUACCCGCCGGCACCCGAGUAAUGUCCUCCGCAUACACACUGCACCGAAACCCAGAGGUAUUCCCCGAGCCUGAGAGCUGGAAGCCCUAUAGAUGGAUUGAAGCGGAUAAAACGCACCUUGAAAAGAUGCGACGACUCUUCUGGGCGUUUGGAAGCGGCGGAAGGAUGUGUCUGGGCAGCAACUUUGCUCUUCAGGAUAUCAAACUCGCCAUUGCCGCACUUUACACGAACUAUACUACCUUUGUCGUUGGAAACGAUAGCAUGGAACAAACUGAAACAUUCAUAGCACAGCCAGUUUCGGGGAAGCUGAUCAUUGGAGUCAAGCAUGUUUAA